AAUUUUAGACUGACUGGUCACUCUCUUUCCGCCAUCAAUAGAACUUAAUGGACGACCCAACUUUCCACUCUCCCAACGACCGUAUCAAGCUCAACGUCGGCGGCAAGCUCUUCGAGACCACCGUUUCUACGCUCCGCUCCGGCGAACCCGACUCUCUCUUAUCUGUCCUUUCCAGCCGUCCAACUCCUGACCCCAAUCCACUUUUCAUCGACCGCGAUCCGGAGAUCUUCUCCGUCCUACUCUCCCUUCUCCGAUCGAAUCGUCUCCCUUCUACGGCUCGCCGCUUCUCCAAGCAGGAACUCGCCGAUGAAGCUCUCUAUUACGGAAUCGAGUCGCAGCUCAAGUCUGCCAUGUCUCCCCGUCCCUUUGACGGAAUCGAUGCUUCCAUCGUUGCCACCGUGCGUCCCGCCUCCGAGGGCUUCGCAUCAGCCUUCACCACCGGAGCCGGCGACGGAUCGGUUUGGAUUGCUCAUGGCGGCCAAAUUUCGAGCUACGAUUGGAAUCUGAUCCAUACGGCAACGAUUCGAACACAUUUGGAACACGUGACCUCGAUUGCCCGAGUUUACUCGGAACUCGCCGCUUUAGGGUCCGAGACCGCCGCGGGACUCCAUUUCUACAAUUUUUCCGGGGGCCGAAAUGUCGGUUCCGUCCACUGGAGGGACCCGUCCGAUCCGCGUAUCUUCAAAGCGCGCGUGAGUGCAAUCACCAACUCGCCAAGCUCAGUUUUCGCUUCGUUCCAUUGUCCACAUAAAGAGAAUUCAAUCCUCGUGAUCGAUAAGUCAACGCUUCAAAUACAGUCCGAGCUUGGCCGGCAGUCCGGUAGCUCCGCAAAAAAUUUGGUUCCCGGAAAGCUGACGUGGCUUCCGGAAACUGGUGUGGUCUUUGCAAGCUCUGUAACUUGUGGAGCGUUUGGGUUUUCUGGAUACAUUAGAUUGUGGGACCCGAGGUCGGGGGACGUGGUUUGGGAGACGAAUGAGCCAGGCUCGGGGCGAAGCGGGAGGUUCGGUGACCCAUUUGCCGAUGUGGGGGUCGACGUGGAGGAUUCAAAAUUGUUCAAGGUUUGCUCCAAAUCGGGAGAUUUGGCUAUGGCGGACUUGCGUAGCUUAAAAGAGGAUCCAUGGAUAUACUUGCAAGACAACAACCCAAGCUUGAGGACUACUAGCGCACGUGGUAACAUUGUGCUACACUGUUAUAAUAAACAAGUAUUUGUUGGAAGAGAUGGUGGUUUGGAGGUUUGGUCCAAAGUUCCCAAUAGUAAAAAUGCAGCCCUGGAAAAAGAAAGUGGGGUUUGUGAAGGAUUGUAUAGAAGGAACUAUGUGGAUAAAGAGGAGGAUUCUGAGAGAGGGGUCAUUGAGAAAAUUGAAGGUGGAGGUCAAAGAUUGUUUGUUUGCAGACAAGAUGCUGAAGGCAUUGAAGUGUGGGAAAGCUCAGAUUCUUCCACUGUUGUGUCACUUCUUUGAGCUUUUUUAUUUGGUUAUAAUUAUUCUUUGGAAGUGGAAGACAGGCUUGAGCUUGGAUCCUUGAAGUUUGAGAUGCUAAAUGGAAGCAGUAUUUGAACACAAGUUGACCAUAUUUACUAAUAAAGUUGUAUGCUGAUCUUAGGUAGUAAUUGUAACUAAAUUUUUAGGAAAGAAUUGAAUGAACGGUGAUUAAAAUUCUGAAUGGAACUGGUGUUGGCUCUCACUGCAGCAUUUUCAGAAUGUUUUUGAGUUAAGCUCUAGCUUGAAUUUUGGUCAGCCAGUGGCCCAGCUUCCAUUGCACAAUCUGACCCAGAUUUUCUUCAGCCUCCUUGUCUACAUCAUAUAAAGCCUGUAGUGCCACAAAGAAAUAGUAAACAAGCAAAAAGAACUCUCCAAGCUGAUUCUCAAGAAUGAAUCUCCUUCGUGGGAACUCAUUGUGAACAUAUUGAUAGCUGUGGAAGCCAAUGGCAACCAAGGAAGCCAUAAAAGGCAAUCAAGAAAGUAAAGGCACACCCCAGAUCUUUGGCUUCCUUAACAGUUAAUUUCCAGCCUUACCUAGACCGUCAACAUAUCUGAUCCAACUGUCGUUGGUUACUGUUAAGGAGAUUGGUGAUCCUAGACUGUCAGCAGAACCAAUUGAUGAUCAUAUGAUGAGUACCACAAAUGCUGUCAGUUUGUUCCUAUCAGAAUCUGAUAUCUCGCCAUGGCGUAAUCACCUCACUAUCAGUGCAAUUGCCAUGAGGGAAAAUUAUAUACUGAGGUGUCAUGUGUGAGUUCAUGCAAUGUGGAUGAAGUAAGAAGCUUGUCUGAUGAGACUAGCCAACAGAUCAGUAAUAACAAUGUACUUAGCCAAUUCAAUCCAUCCCCAUUGCUACAGUGAAUGGAGCAUAGCAGGAAAAUGUGGCUGCUAGUAGGCAGUACGCAACUAUAGUGAUCUUCAUGGGCGCCAAUCCAAUUGGAAUAUCCUACCCUGUGCGGUGUUCUUCACCUCCUCUCCAUCAUGGCAGCCUAUCAAAUUGGGACAAUGUAGGAGAAGAAGAGCAGAAGAAGUGAAGCUUCAAGAUGCCUGCAACCGUGAAUGGUGUAAAGGAUGUCAUAUUUGCAAGAUUAGCCUUGGUUAGUCUUGCUACUAUUGCUGCAUGACGAGUUUGACUUGUAAUGUAAAUAUCUUCAAUUAUUUUAAGUUUUAUAAAUAUAUAUUGGCAAGCAAGUUGAUAGCUAACUAACUAUUUACACACGUACAAGUUAGAGCUAUCCCAACACAUUUAACUGUUUAUACAUUAAUUUAUUACAGAUCUUUCACCAUA